ACGACAGCUGAUAGCCUGAUUUCAUUCCAGGAAAUCGUGCUGUUAGUUGGUUGAGUAGUUAGAGAGUGGGUUAUGCUUCGAAGUCACGCUGGACUGGUCAGAAGAGGAAUUCAUCUGGCCAUGUUGUUUGUGUCCAGAAUUCUGACAUGUCAGGCAACGAAGAAAAACCAUCUCCCUCGCAUCACCCAUCAAGCAUGUUCCCCACAAGUCUCCUUUUUAGUUUUUACGCCACUUCCUGCAUAAGCGUUGAGGACACAACCUAUAGAAAUGCGCUCCAUUCCAAAAACUGGAACAGGGAAAAAAAUGGGCGUACCGCAGGGAUGGUUGAAAAUAGUCCGUAGAAAAUUCCUGGGCUCAUCCAAUAGAGAUAGCGCGGCAAUUUGUUCAAAUGAAAACGAUAAACCCUUUCUCGGGAAUGAAACGUUGGCAUUUAAAGACCAUAGUUUGCAAGUCUGCACGAAAGAAGAUAUCGCGGCAAUCAAGAUUCAAGCUUAUUUCAGGAGCCACCUGGCAAGAAGGGCAUAUCGAGCUCUCAAAAGCGUGGUGAAGCUGCAAGCAUUGGCGCGCGGGGUAUUCGUGAGGAGACAAUCGCGCAUAGCGUUGCACUGUAUGCAUGCACUCGUUCGCUUACAAGUCAGGAUUCGUGCAAGGCAGCGUCUUGGAUCUCACGGUGACUGACCAGAAUGGGGAAUCAUCAUUGCCUUGUGCACCGGAUUUUUUUCCAUUCAGUUGCAAUUUUAGAACGACCAUCUUACAACGGCAACCUUGGGCGAACAUUUUCCAAAUUUCUUUGUAUUGUGGCUUUCAAAUAUUAUAUAUCGCGAACAUCUACAGGAUUGAACGAUAUAGAGAUGAAUCGACCGUUGAUUAACAUUCUGUAACCUGGAACAUAUUCUAUCAGCAUCUAAUCAAAA